GCACCAGUAUCUCUCCCUCUGCCAGGUGCCUGGUGGCUCUGUGUGUGACCAGGACCUGGUCACUCCAGGUGCUGAAGGGGCCUUGUCUCACUCUGCUUCCUGCCAACACCUCUGAUCAAGUGCCCGGAGGGAUGUGUGUGCCAGCUCUCGGUCCAGCGCCCCCUCCCAAGAUUUCACCUGCUGGUUCCCGAGUGGUUCCCAUUUUCCCUCUGCACACAGCUUCCUGGUUGGACAGUUGCCGCCCGGGAGAAGUAACCCGGGCGCCCCGAUAGGGCGACGGCCCUUGCCCUGAGGCCCGGGAUCAUGAAAGGCCUCGGUGACAGCCGCCCCCGCCACCUCUCUGACAGCCUGGACCCACCCCACGAGCCCCUGUUUGGAGGGCCUGACCGCAACCCCUACCUGCUGUCGCCCACGGAGGCCUUUGCCCGUGAGGCUCGCUUCCCCGGGCAGAAUGCGCUGCCAGGGGAUGGGCUCUUCCCGCUCAACAACCAGCUGCCGCCUCCAAGCAGCACCUUCCCUCGCAUCCACUAUAACUCCCACUUCGAGGUGCCAGAGGAGAGCCCCUUCCCCAGCCAUGCCCAGGCCACCAAGAUCAACCGGCUGCCCGCCAACCUCCUGGACCAGUUUGAGAAGCAGCUGCCCAUCCACCGAGAUGGCUUUAGCACGCUCCAGUUCCCCCGCGGUGAGGCCAAGGCCCGGGGCGAGAGUCCUGGCCGCAUCCGCCAUCUGGUCCAUUCUGUCCAGCGGCUCUUCUUCACCAAGGCACCCUCACUGGAGGGUACAGCCGGCAAGAUGGGUGGCAAUGGCAGCAAGAAAGGUGGCUUGGAGGACGGCAAAGGCCGAAGGGCCAAGAGCAAGGAGCGAGCCAAGGCUGGGGAGCCCAAGCGGCGCAGCCGCUCCAACAUCUCUGGCUGGUGGAGCUCUGAUGACAACUUGGAUGGCGAGGGUGGCGCCUUCCGCAGCAGUGGCCCAGCCUCGGGGCUGAUGACUCUAGGCCGCCAGGCGGAACGCAGCCAGCCGCGCUAUUUCAUGCAUGCCUACAACACCAUCAGCGGGCACAUGCUCAAAGCCACCAAGAACAACACUGCUGAGCUGACUGCCCCGCCACCCCCACCCGCACCCCCAGCCACCUGCCCCAGCCUUGGGGUGGGAACUGACACCAACUAUGUUAAGCGGGGCUCCUGGUCCACUCUGACCCUCAGCCAUGCCCACGAGGUCUGCCAGAAGACCUCAGCCACCUUGGAUAAGAGCCUGCUAAAGUCCAAAUCCUGCCACCAGGGUCUAGCCUACCACUACCUGCAGGUGCCCGGCGGUGGUGGCGAGUGGAGCACCGCGCUACUGUCCCCGCGCGACGCGGACGCCGCCGCCGAGGGCCCCAUCCCGUGUCGGCGCAUGCGCAGCGGCAGCUACAUAAAGGCCAUGGGCGAUGAGGACAGCGAUGAGUCCGGUGGCAGCCCGAAACCCUCACCCAAGACGGCGGCGCGGCGCCAGAGCUACCUGAGGGCCACGCAGCAGUCUCUGGGAGAGCAGAGCAACCCCCGCCGGAGUCUGGACCGCCUGGAUUCAGUGGACAUGCUGCUGCCCUCCAAGUGUCCCAGCUGGGAGGAGGACUACAACCCCAUUGGCGACAGCCUCAACGACUCCAGCUGCAUCAGCCAGAUUUUUGGACAGGCCUCCCUGAUUCCCCAGUUGUUUGGCCAUGAGCAGCAGCUGUGGAUGCCUCGUGUGACCCCACCACCUCUUGAACAUAUUAUUCCAGAAGAUUUGGGGGCGCCCACAGUGGGCCAGGUACGGGACGCAGAUCUGAGCGACCAGUACGAAGCGGCCUGUGAGUCAGCCUGCAGUGAAGCGGAGUCAGCAGUGGCAGAGGCUCUUGACUUGCCUCUGCCCAGCUACUUUCGCUCCCGCAGCCACAGCUACCUGCGUGCCAUUCAGGCAGGCUGCUCGCAGGAGGAAGACAGUGUCUCCCUGCAGUCCCUCUCCCCCCCACCCAGCACUGGCAGCCUCAGCAACAGUCGGACGCUUCCAAGUUCAUCAUGCUUAGUGGCGUAUAAGAAGACCCCGCCACCGGUCCCUCCACGCACUACGUCAAAGCCGUUCAUCUCAGUCACUGUCCAAAGCAGUACUGAGUCUGCCCAGGACACCUACUUGGACAGCCAGGACCACAAGAGCGAGGUGACAAGCCAGUCAGGCCUGAGCAACUCUUCAGACAGCCUAGACAGCAGUACCCGACCACCCAGCGUGACACGAGGCGGAGUCAUACCAGCUCCUGAGGCCCCUGAGCCACCCCCAAAACAUGCAGCUCUGAAGAGUGAACAAGGAACGCUGACCAGCUCUGAAUCCCACCUUGAGGCCAUCCCCAAAAGGAAGCUAUCGUCUAUAGGAAUACAAGUUGACUGCAUUCAGCCAGUGCCAAAAGAGGAGCCCAGUCCCGCUACCAAAUUCCAGUCCAUCGGGGUUCAGGUAGAGGACGACUGGCGAAGCAGCGUGCCCUCUCACAGUAUGUCCUCCCGACGGGACACCGACUCAGAUACCCAGGAUGCCAAUGACUCAAGCUGUAAAUCAUCUGAGAGGAGCCUCCCGGACUGUACCCCACAUCCCAAUUCCAUCAGCAUUGAUGCAGGCCCACGGCAGGCCCCCAAGAUUGCCCAGAUCAAGCGCAACCUCUCCUAUGGAGACAACAGCGACCCUGCCCUAGAGGCAUCUUCGCUGCCCCCACCCGACCCCUGGCUCGAGACAACCUCCAGCUCCCCAGCAGAACCAGCACAGCCAGGAGCUUGCCGUCGAGAUGGUUACUGGUUCUUGAAGCUACUUCAGGCAGAAACGGAGCGUCUAGAAGGCUGGUGCUGCCAGAUGGACAAGGAGACCAAAGAGAACAACCUCUCUGAAGAAGUCUUAGGAAAGGUCCUCAGUGCUGUGGGCAGUGCUCAGCUACUGAUGUCCCAGAAAUUCCAGCAGUUCCGGGGCCUCUGUGAGCAAAACUUGAACCCUGAUGCCAACCCACGUCCAACAGCCCAGGACCUGGCAGGGUUCUGGGACCUGCUACAGCUGUCCAUCGAGGACAUCAGCAUGAAGUUUGAUGAGCUCUACCACCUCAAGGCCAACAGCUGGCAGCUGGUGGAGACCCCCGAGAAGAGGAAGGAAGAGAAGAAACCACCCCCUCCAGUCCCAAAGAAGCCAGCCAAAUCCAAGCCGGCAGUGAGCCGUGACAAGGCCUCCGACGCCGGGGACAAGCAGCGUCAGGAGGCCCGCAAGAGACUGCUGGCGGCCAAGCGGGCAGCUUCUGUGCGGCAGAACUCAGCCACAGAGAGUGCAGACAGCAUCGAGAUUUAUGUCCCUGAGGCCCAGACCCGGCUCUGAGACCAGAAAGGAAACCAUUUUAAGUCAUUUAAAAAACAAAAACAAACAAAAAAAAAAAACCACAAACUAAAUGCAAAUGGAACAAAAUUUCCUCAACCUUUAGUAUGGUUAUUCUGUCCAGAGACCCUGAGCCAACUUUCCAAUUGACGCAUCCAAGGGCUCACAAUUUGGCUUUUUUGGGUCCCUCCCAGCUUUAGGUUAUGAAGACUUCACACACAAAAGAAUCAACAGAAACUAUAAAACACUUUUUUCCUCUUGCCGGCCAUGGCGGACUAGAUAGAUGGACUUCGGCAACUCCCCGGCCCAGCCGCCAGACUGCGGUCUUUUUACUUGUUCUAUCUAACGAGAACUUAAACUAGCUUGUUUACAAGACGACGUCAGUCCAAGGGCAGCCUUGGGCACCUGCCAUGUCCUUCCUUUCCCCAGCUCCCCCUGCUCUGACCUUGGAGUUUUCAUUCUUAUGUUUUUCUCUUUUCCCUUCAGAACUCACACAGGGGUCACCAUCCUGGCUAGCAGCUCUGUGUGGUUCUCGGCCCUUUGUAUGGCUGAGAUUCCAGAGGACAGAGAGAUGGACAUGCAUCCCCUCCCCCACCAAGUGCUCACACGCAACACACGUGCACACGCAGAUGUAGGUCCUCCCGGCACAGCCGUCCUCCCACUGCCAUCCACCAGCCCUAGGCAGGGUCAGGUGAGUGAGGAGAGGAGGGUUUAAGUCUGGGGAGGAAAAUGAGGUAAAAAGCCAGUUCACACUCCAGACUCCCGCCUAUGUCUUCUCUCCAGCCCCUCCUUCCUUCAGCAACAUGUAUGACUCAGAGUAACUUGCAGGGGGCACUCAAGAGGGGGACCCCAUUUUCCAGGAGUUAUUUGUCCCUGGCUGAGCCUGUGUACAGUACCUGAGGGGCAGGCGGCUGUCUGUACGUAUGUGUACAUAUGCACAUAGACCUUAGAGUGUAUAUUUAACAAACGCCCAUCUGCUCACCCAUGCCCACCAGCGCCACCGCUGGCUCUCGGGGCACCUGGCAGGAGGCGGGUGUGUGAAUAGCAUAUAUUUUUACAUGUACUAUAUCUAGGUGUGUGUACAAGUGUGUGUAAAAAUAUAGACCUUGUGUGUAAGCAGCCCCCUUUUUUUUUUUCUUUUCCCACCCUGUCCCACUAUGGGCCCACCUGCCUGGCCUCUGAAUUUUCUGUUCUGUUCUAUUUUUUUAACCCCAGUCCUCCUCCUCUCUUCCUCUGCACCCCCAGCCUCACUCCCAGGGUGUCAUGAGCCCUGAGCUGCAAUGCCGGGCCUGCAGGGCGGGGUGGGGAGGAUGGGAGGGCAGGGCCAGCCCGCAGCCAGCUCAGCGCAAGAGGGCUGCUCUCUACUGUGUACACAACUACAGCGCUGACACGUCCUCGUGUCCAGCACUUGCUGCAGGGGGCCCCCAGAAGAACUGAGGGCCUGCUCUGGGGCCCCAUUCCAGCUUGGCCGUCUGUGACCUUGGGCAAGUCACUUGACCUCUGUGUGCCUCAACUUCCUCCUCUGUAAAAUGGGGACAAGUCCCUGCCCCUCCCUACCUCACAGGCAUGUUGUGAGAAUAAAUGAGGUAACGUGUA